AUGGAGCCCUCAACGAAAGAAGAGGCUGCAUUGAAGCACCCGGAUACUCAGACAUCAUUGUCGUCAGUCCCUGAGCCGGCAUCGUCUUCGCAAUGGGCAUACUUGAAACAUUACUUUACCAGUCGCGAUGGUUGGAUUGGUGAUUAUGACUACAUGUAUCUCAUAACCCCCAACAUCUGGCCGCUCAACAAAAAAUACAAAGACUUCGAAGCCCCAUUCUAUGGGCUGAACGACCACGUCCCCAUUUUACUGACCAUCAUCCUGGGUCUGCAACAUGCCCUAACCAUGGUUGGCGCGGUGGUUUCGCCGCCGUUAGCAAUUGCUGGCGGCGCAUUCUACCUCACCUCGGAGCAGACGCAAUACCUCGUUUCAGCGGCGUUCAUCACCACUGGAAUUGCUACGGCGUUACAAGUCACACGGGUGCACAUCGCCAAGACGCCAUUCUACAUCGGCACGGGAUUGUUGUCUGUUGUCGGACCGACGUUUGAUAUUCUCAACAUCGCGUUUAAUUAUACAAAUAUGAGAUAUGCGAAUGGGACGUGUCCUGUUGAUGAGACAGGCGCAAAACUGCCUUGCCCCGAAGCAUGGGGUGCCAUGCUCGGGACGAUGUUGUGUACUGUCUGGGUUCAGUUCUUGAUGUCGCUUGUUCCGCCCAAGAUUCUCAAUCGGAUAUUCCCCAAGAUUGUUACGGGUAGUUUGUUGGUUCUGGUGGGUGUGUUCUUGAUCGGUAACGGAAUGGAGAAUUGGGGCGGAAGCUCGAACUGUGAUGGUGGAACUGGCUUUUAUGCUCUGUGUCCAAAUACCGCUGCUCCUAAUCCUCUGCCUUGGGGCGAUCCUAAAUUAAUCGGACUCGGAUUCAGCGUUUUUGUAACCAUCAUUUUCGUGGAAAUCUUCGGCUCUCCUCUCAUGCGCUCUGCAUCCGUCAUUUUCGGCUUGGCUGUUGGCUGCGCCAUUUCUGGCGCCGCUGGAUACUGGUCGACAGAUAACAUCGAUGCUGCUCCCGUUGGCACCUUUUUGUGGGUUCACACCUUCAAACUAUCCGUCGACAGAGCGCUCGUCUUGCCUUUGAUGAUCAUGUUUGUCUGUGAAGCCGUUAGUUGCAUGCCAGAUAUCCUUGCAACCGCUGAGCUUUCAGGUGUCGAUAUUGAUGGCACAGAAUUCAACAGUCGUAUACAAGGUGGAAUCAUGUGCGAUGGUUUAUGCAGUCUGAUCAGUGCCCUGGGUACUGGACUGCCUAUGGUCAGUCAGGCUGGUAACAAUGGUGUGAUUUCAUUGACAGGAUGCGCUAGCCGCCGCGCUGGCUGGUGUGCCUCGGCAUUCCUAGUUCUAAUGGGCAUAUUUGGCAAAUUUGGUGCGGUCUUCGGUUCCAUGCCACCCUCAGUUCUGGGCGGGAUGCAGGUUUUCUUGUACAGCACAAUCGCCAUUGCCGGUAUACGUGUGCUCAGUCUUGUCGAAUUCACCCGACGAAACAGAUUCAUCUUGACAGCCGCUUUGGGAAUUGGCUUCAUCGAUAUCGUCUCACCGCACUGGUUUUCCAAGAUUUUGGCUUAUAGCGGACCAAACGUGAACUUGCAGGGAUUCGAACAAGGCCUCAAUUUGAUAGUGGAAACUCCUUUCAUCAUUGCGGCUGUUAUUGGAGUAGUGUUGAACCUCGCAAUUCCAGAAGAGAAGGGUGCAUCCAAGAAUACGCAUAUGCUGCCAUGGCAGAGACAGUCGACCGAAUUAUCCGAGUCGUAG